CUGUGCCUGGCAGGAACUUCCGGCUGGGUAGCUGGGGGAGUUUGUGGAGUCUGGAUUAGCCGGGAUCUGGCAAUGGGGGUUAAGUGACUUGCCCAGGGUCACACAGCUAAUCGAAGCUCCUCACCCUGGUGUCUAGUUCAUGGUGGUGGCAACAUAGUGACAUGAAAGAGAGACAGAGUUUAACCCCCAGAGCCAAGGACCAUCUGGAGUGAAGUCGUCUUUUGAGGUGAACUAUGGCUGCAGCCUCAGGCCACCAGGUACAAGCUCCACAGAAAAACAGCCAGGGUCAGAAGACUGCCCUUCAGGUGGAAGGAACAGCUAACUCAGAAACCUUUCGUCAGCAUUUCAGGCAGUUCUGCUACCAAGAGGUGGCUGGGCCUCAUGAAGCUUUUAGUACGCUCUGGGAACUUUGUUGUAGGUGGCUGAGGCCCAAGACAAACUCGAAAGAACAAAUCUUGGAAAUGCUGGUGCUGGAGCAGUUCCUGACCAUCCUGCCUGGGGAGAUCCAGGUUCAGGUGAGGGAACAUCAUCCAGAAAAUGGUGAGGAGGCCGUGGCCCUUGUUGAGGAUUUACAAAAAGAGACUGAAAGACCAGAACAAAAGUUUCCAGUCAGUGUGCAAAACCCAGAAGUGCUUGUGGAGAACAUAGUGCCUGUGGGAACAGCACAGGGGUCCGUGAGCUACCAGCUAAAGCAAGAGGAGAACCACCAGGAGGAAGAUCCCUCAAAGGAUGCAUCAUGGAGCCCUCAUCGGGGUCCACAGGAACAGUCAGACUAUGAACAGGAGCCUCAACUCAGACCAGAGACAACCAGGCUUCCUCCCCAGCUUUCUGCCUUUCCCCCGGAGAGAAGAAAGAGAAGUCGGGAGAUGGGAGCUGUAAUCCUUACAACUGGGUUUCAGGAACCAGUCACAUGUGAGGAUGUGACCAUGUCCUUCUCCCAGGAAGAGUGGAGGUGUUUGAAUUCUGCUCAGAGGGUCCUCCACAGGGGUAUCAUGCAGGAGAAUCGCAGAAAUGUGGACUCAGUGGGACUUCCCAAACCUCUUCUGAUCUUUGGAAUGGAACAUGGAAAAGAUAUAUGUAUUCCAGAUCUUCAGAGUUCCAAGGAAACAGAGAUCCUAAGUAGCUCCUAUACAAAUGAGAAUCAAAUACAAACUGAUAAGAAACGAGCAAAGAGGGAAGGAAAAAACUGGGGAGACCAGAGGCAGCGGCAGGACUUGGAGGAUGAAAAGAUCACAGGCUUAGAAAUCGAGAAUGAAAUUAAAAAGGAAGAUCUUAAAAUGGGAAUAUUCAGAAGAAGAACAACUGAGCAGAACAAUAUCGGGAAGAUUUAAUCGGCAAAAUUUUUCCAAUAUCCUGUUCUGAAAGAAGCCUGUGAAACUGUGAGCAAGUUAAGAAAAAACUUAUAAAUUUUCCACGAGAGCGACAAGGAAAUCAGCUUUCCAGGAGAGAGAUUUAAUGAAGGAAAUUGGGUCAACAGAAACUCUUUGUUGGAGAAAAACACUAUAAACAGCUUGCUUGUGGAAAUAACCUCUCUCAAAUUCCCACAAGUCAACUCCCGAAUUAGAAAAGACUACUAAAUGUCACGAGUGUGGGAAAAGUUUUAGUCGUGGUUCUUACCUGUUAGACAUCAGAGAAUCACACAGGUGAGAAAACCUCACAAAUGCAAUGAAUGUGGGAAAAGUUUCAGUGAGCGUUCCAACCUCACUGCCCAUCUGAGGACCCAUACUGGAGAGAGGGCCCUACAAAGUGUGGGGAGGUGGGAAAAGCUUCAAUCAGAGCUCAAGCCUCAUUGUCCACCAGAGAACCCAUACAGGAGGAAAAGCCAUAUCAGUGCACGAAUGUGGGAAAAGGUUCAACAAUAGCUCCCAGUUUAGUGCUCAUCGGCGAGCUCACACUGGGGAGAGUCCAUAUAAAUGCAGGGAAUGUGGAAAAAGCUUCAACAAUAGUUCCCCACUUCAAUGCCCAUCAGAGAACACACACUGGUGAGAAGCCUUAUGAAUGUCCACAGUGUGGGAAAGCUUCAGUAAGAGCUCUGCCCUUACUAGACACCCAGGGAGUCAUAUGAGAGAGAAGUUUCUCAUUCAGUCAAGGCUUAAUGUCCUUGAGAGAAACAUAUCAUAAAUAUAUAUGAUGCUUGGGGGAAAGGAUGAUAGAGAAUUCUUAAACCAUAGCUGGCUAACAGGUGCUUGUUAAAGUUCUUAACACUCUCACUGAGGCUGAUCCAUAUCCUAGGAAGUAUCUCUUGUUGGCUUUGUAGGUUCAAGAACAGAAUCAAGAAAGCUGAGUCAGACUUCUCAGCUCUGGACUAAUGCCCUAUAAUUACUUAGUUUCACUCUCAGUAAGGCAAAGAAAUAUGGUCCUUGAAUUCAGCCUCUGGAAUAGUCCUUUUCUUUGUGAUCCCACAAACAACUUAAAGAUGUGCAUAUAAACCAGUGGAGGUGGCUUUUUUUUUUAAUAUUUAGAACUAUGAUUCCAUCAGUGUAUGGGAACCCUCAAUUUGUAAACUUCUUCUACCAGUACAGAUCAGCAAGUUACAUUUAACUAGUUUAGAAUCUUAGAAAUUGCUUGGGGCACGGAAAGGUUGUGAUAGUUGGUAAGCCAACUAACUUUGUUAGAGUAUAGACUUGAACUCAGGCCUACCUGACUCCAAGGCCAGGAUUAUGUGGGAUCCACAUAUCCUUCAGGUAGGGGUAUAUAUACUGUAGCAUAUUUCCUCCUCCUGAUGUGAAUUAAGCCAUAGAUAACCAGUAAUUCAGUUUUAGGUCCCUGGGAUCUUUGGUACUGUGAUCUAUGAGUAAAAAGGGAGAUGUUCACAAUAGCAUAGCAAGGAAUGGUAAAAUAUCACCAAUAAAGUGGAUGGAAUAGGGUCAAGCCAGUGUAGAAUGACUUGGUCUUAGAAUAUACAUAAUAUUUGGGUUUGCCUUUUUGAAAAUUGAAGUGAAGUAAAAUGUAGUGCUCUUAUUUUGUCCAAAUUCUAGCCUGUAAGUUAAGAAUGAGGCUUUAGAAAUUGGCUUGCCUUUCCUUCAACAAAUGUUUGUACUAGUUUGUAAACUUACUGUUUCUGAAAAAAAAUAAAAGUCU